ACACGGGCAGCCAGUUGGAAACGUGGGAAGGUUAAAAUAUUGUUGCGUGAGAAAAAGUUAAGUGAAUGCAAAAGAAAAAAAAAAAACAUUGGUUGAAGGUGGCUGACAAUUCGAGAUCAUAUAGUAAUUAUUUAGCGUUUUUUAGUGUUAUAAUGGUGUAUAUCUAAGUAUAGAUGGCACACCUGCCUAGUGUCAGGAGGAUACUGCAAGGGAGGGAGCACGGCUUGGGGGCUAGUGUGUGGAAAGGAGAUGGAGAUAUCCCAGCUCCCUUUAUUUAAGCACCAAUUCAGAUCCGUUUUUAGCUCCAUUUAUUAUUUUUAGGCCCUGGGUUACUAUGGCAAGUUUGCAAACUGGGAAAGCUUCCCAAGCUGAAAAUAUAAAACGGAACAGGAGAAACAAAACUGCAUACAGCGAGCAGGUAUUGUUAGUACUGUUGACCCCUGUGUUUGUACUUCUAGAAGAGGCGUUUACCUCCAUUACAGCCACAGUCUAGGACUGAGCUCAGGGACAGGUGCAUCAAUCUAUAUACAUUUAUUAAUACAACUUAAACCGCGUAUAUAGCGCCUUUCAUCCUAAACAAUUAUUGUUUAUUAAUAUGAUCCACUGGGGGGUUAUCAUCAACCACAAAUGGAGGACACAUCUCCCCAGAUGUUGGGCGACUUGAUCCAGAAUAACCAGGAAGGUCAGCAUACAGAAGCUCAGACCAUGGAGUCGAUCAAGCUCUUCCCACAUUUCUAGGCUGGGUGAUAGUUAACAGAGGAGGCAGCUGCCAGCCUUGCUGAAAAUGAAAUGACAGGGUACUCUUCUCGGUAUGUAAUUAUUGUUCUGAUUCAUGCUGUUUGGCCAGUGGCUUGCCACAGCGCUGAAGGAAGACGAUAAUGGUUCUGUCACUGGGGUCAGGAGUGAAAGCAGACGAGCUUGUGUGCAGACUCCAAACCUUCAAAUGACGACGCAGGUCUCCGAUGGGAACGCAUCCAGGUUAACUAAGACAGCACUAUCUUGCCACAGGUGGUGUCAGAGUGGGAUUAAAUGGGGGACCCUUUCUGAAGACCCAGAACAACCUCGGACGAAGGAGAAGGCGAGGGGAACACCUCCACCACAACCCCGACCACACACGCCUGCUAACCCACAUACAAGAAUCCGGAGGGAGAAAAACGGACAAGAUAUCCUCAAUGAUGCCAUCUUUGAUGAAGACCAUGAUGAGAUGGUGAUGGUGAAGGACAUUGAUAUGUUCUCCUUGUGCGAGCAUCACCUGGUGCCGUUCUUCGGCAAGGUUCACAUAGGAUAUCUCCCAAACAAAAGGGUUGUUGGACUGAGCAAACUGGCAAGGAUUGUUGAAAUCUUCAGCCGCAGACUUCAAGUUCAAGAACGACUAACAAAGCAGAUAGCACUGGCGAUCACAGAGGCUCUGAAUCCAGCAGGAGUAGCAGUAGUUAUUGAGGCUGCUCACAUGUGCAUGGUGAUGAGGGGCGUGCAGAAGAUGAACAGCCGGACCAUCACCAGCACCAUGCUGGGGGUGUUCAGAGAGGACCCCAAGACCCGGGAAGAGUUCCUCUCGCUGGUGAGGAGCUGAGCCGCCCCUACCCUACCUCGAACCGGGACUCCCAGAGCACUCAGGAAACAGGAGCCCUUUCUGCACAGGCGUCGCAGGGAGACCCAUCUUCCCCUCUCUCGCCAUCUCUUUUUAUAGUGCUGUUUUUAACAUAGUUACUGGGUAACAUUUUUAACCUCUGACAAGCACUGGCAGUAGGGAGGACAUGUUUCUACUGUAUGAGUGGCAGAAAAUAUUAGUAACUAUUUUUUAUUAAAAUAAAAACUGUCAUAAAAAAACUAAACAAAAACUAAACAGCAAUAACAUUAUGAAUCAUAUUGAAAAUACCCCCACAUUUACAUGGCUUCAUUCCAAAAGCCGAAAAUGGGGAACGUGUUUUUUUCACGUCACAAGAACUCAUUUUAAGAAGCCUUAUUCAACAUUCCAAUUCCAAUCGGAUUACUUAGUGCUGUUUAGCAAAACUCUUUAAUAGUGUUACUACUUAUUGGUGCAGGUGUGUUUCUGCUUUCUUACACAAGGAAUGUUCUUUCAGUGGAUUGUAUUUCUGGAGAAACUCUGCAGUCACUAGUACAGAAACAGAUUGGUUUUCUCAGUGACCUGUGCCUUGAAAAUGUGUGUGCAAUAUUGAUAACAUUGGCACAUAUGAGUAUCAUUUUACAUAUUUAAGUGAAUAUCAAGAGUACAAUCUGCUACUUUGUGAUGUUACGUCACACCAGAAUGGAGCUGUUUUCUACAUCAAGUUUAAAUCAAGUGUGAAUUAAAGAUCUAGGUUCAGUUUAGACAGGUAAGAAACGUGGCCUGUUAUGAAGGUUGUAAUUUGUCAAUACAUGUAACCCACAUUUUAAAAGAAGGUUUUACCCUGAGUGUUCGGUAGUAGCUGUAAGGGUAUUUUCAACACUCAGUGAAUUGCACCUGUUAUCAAAGACCAGAAUUGUCUGUCUGAGUAUUCCUGUGGCCUUGCAGAUCCUUGGUGUUAUUGAGGUACACCUUUCACUUUGUAACGUUGCGUUUAGUCGGCUCUCUGAAUGUCUGAUCUCCUGUUUGAAAUGCUUGAUGUAACUCUUUUAACAGUAAACACUGCCUUUUAUGUAACCCUUGUCUUCACGUUUACAGCAACUGUUUUUAAAUACUGUAUUAUGCUGUCUUUCCCUAAUAAAUAUUCAGUUUUGUGCCAUAA